AUGCGAGCUUCUUCCCUUGGACUUUUCUGGUCUCUGGCUGCGGUAGGGACGUGCGAUCCCGCUGUCGACCGCACAUUUUUUCGCGUUGCGUUGGAGGACCCGCCAAAUUGGUUUGCAAACGCAUUGCUCACCGCCAGAAUCAUUGACGGCUUCUCCGAGGUGUACAAUCAGUCCACCGCUGACGCUUGGGCGCAGUCGGUGGUGGACAAGUGCAAUGCAAACGCUCUUUGCACGUCCAGCAUCUCGCUGUCUGCGGACAACUUUGGUACCGGUAGGCUGUGGUAUGGAUAUCUCUUCAAGGGAGAUCCCACCAGCCCGACCGACUAUGUGAGGAUGGAGGGCAAAGUGCAGGACUCUGUUGUCCACACCGUCACCCUGUGA